AUGGCCAUCCUCCGAGGCCACCGAAUCACCAAUAUCUACGCCGUUGCCGGCCUGUGUACCAUCGGCGGCCUGAUACAAGGGUUUGAUGUGUCGAGCAUGUCAGCCAUCAUCGGGACGCAGGAGUACAAGGAGUAUUUCAACAACCCUGACUCGGUAACUCAAGGUGGCAUUACUGCCUCGAUGGCAGGCGGGUCGUUGCUGGGUGCGCUGUUCGCAUCAUGGCUAGGGGACAGAAUCGGGCGACGAGACUCACUGUUCGUGGCAUGUGUUGUCUGGCUAGUUGGCUCGGCAAUCAUGGCUGCUGUCCAGGACAUUCCAAUGCUUAUAGCCUCGCGAGUUAUCAACGGAUUUGCCGUUGGAAUCCUGACGAGCCAAGGGCCUAUCCUUAUUGCUGAAAUCAGUCCUCCAAAUCUACGUGGCAGACUAAUCUCUCUCCAGCAGUGGAUGAUUACUUGGGGGAUCCUUAUCAUGUACUUCAUCAGUUUCGGCUGCUCUUACAUCAAAAAUAGCACAGCUUCGUUCCGGAUCCCCUGGGCGCUGCAGACAAUCCCGACCUUGAUCCUGAUGGCCGCGUUGCCAUUCCUCCCCCGCUCGCCUCGCUGGCUGGCGUCAAAGGACCGAUGGGACGAAGCACUCGACAUUCUCGCCGCGCUACACUCCAAAGGGAACAAACAAGACCCGCUGAUCCUGACCGAAGUUCGGCAGAUUCGAGACAAGAUCGAGCUGGAGAGGCAAAACAAGUCGGUGUCGUGGAUGGAGUUGCUCAAGAGAAAGAACAUCAUCCGAGUACAUUGUGCUAUAUUCGCACAUAUCUGGUCACAAUACAGUGGCACCAACGCGAUGAUGUUCUACAUCGUUUAUAUCUUCCAGAUGGCCGGGCUGGGCAAGAACACAUUGGUCAUAGCCUCGAUUCAGUACGUUAUCAACGUGGUCAUGACCUUACCUGCUCUUGCAUUCAUGGACAAAUGGCCGCGGCGCAAAGUCAUGAUGAUCGGAAGCUGCGGUAUGGCAAUCUGGCUCUUCACCGAGGGAGCGCUGAUGGCAAGCUACGGUCACGCGGUGCCUGGCGGGCUUAAUGGAGUUUCGACCGUGACUUGGACCGUUGACAAUAGCGCGGCAAGCAAGGCGAUCAUUGCUUGCAGCUAUUUGUUCAUCGCAACUUAUGCGACUACCUGGGGACCUGUCGGAUGGAUCUACCCUGCAGAGAUCAUCCCUCUUUACAUCCGGUCAAAGUCCGUCUCGCUUGCGACGGUGUUCAACUGGUCAAUGAACUUCUCACUGACAUUCUUCACGCCACCGGCUUUCCGCAAUAUUCAGUGGAAGGCAACCGCGUUCGUGCAUGUAUUUCUCCUUUUCCAGGAAACGCAAGGAAAAUCGCUCGAAGAAAUCGACCCCGUCUUCGACAAUGAAUCCAUCUGGGCGUUCAAGGUCAAGCACCACCCGGAAGAGUUCAAGCACGAAAUCGAGCAUACCAAGCAGCUCAAGGUCGCUGGGCUGGAGCCGACGAAGAUCGAGGUCGAGGUGGCGGACAAACGGGCUUGA